UCCAUCUCUUCUCGCAACUCCAAACUUCUUGCAACCAUAAUGAUGACACAUUUUUACGUUUUUCCCUUAAGGUUCUGAGUGUAUCAGUGUUCUUCGAGGCGUUUGAUUAUUUGCACCCAAACCGCGUUCAAAAUGUCUAGUUAUGUUGGAGUCCUUGUUUCUGAUCAAGAGCUUCAGAGCCAGUUCACCCAAGUGGAGCUUCGAACCUUGAAAUCUAAAUUUUUAUCGGUGAAGACUGAAUUGGGACGAGUUACCGUGGGAGAUUUGCCGUCCCUUUUAAAGAAACUUAAGGUUUUUAAUGAAUUAUUCGAUGAGGACGAGAUUAAGGCCAGCUUGCGCGAGUCGUAUCAGGACAUGAAUGAAGAAAUUGAUUUUGAGUCCUUCCUUCGGGCACAUUUAAAUUUGCAAACCCGAGCAGUGGCAAAAACUGGUGGUUCAAAAGGCUCUUCAUUUCUGAAGGCAACAACUACGACUGUUCAUCAUGCUAUCAAUGAAUCAGAGAAAGCUUCCUAUGUUUCUCAUAUUAACAACUAUUUGAAGGAUGAUAAAUUUUUGAAGCAGUUUCUUCCUAUAGAUCCAUCAACAAACGCCUUGUUUGACCUUGUAAAAGAUGGGGUCCUUCUCUGCAAGCUUAUCAAUGUUGCUGUUCCCGGGACUAUAGAUGAGAGAGCAAUUAACACAAAACAGGUUCUUAAUCCAUGGGAGAGGAAUGAAAAUCAUACCCUUUGCCUGAAUUCUGCAAAGGCUAUUGGGUGCACAGUGGUUAAUAUAGGCACACAAGAUUUAAUUGAAGGAAGACCGCAUCUGUUGCUGGGCUUGAUUUCACAAAUAAUCAAGCUUCAACUCUUAGCUGAUGUCAAUCUGAAGAAAACUCCUCAACUUGUGGAACUAGUGGAAGACAGCAAGGAAGUGGAGGAGCUUAUGAAUUUAGCACCUGAAAAGGUUUUAUUGAAAUGGAUGAAUUUCCACUUGAAGAAAGCGGGAUAUAAGAAACAGGUUACAAAUUUCUCGUCUGACUUAAAGGAUGGAGAGGCAUAUGCUUACUUGCUUAAUACUCUUGCUCCAGAACAUUCUGGCCCUUCUGUCUUGGCUGCACAAGAUCCGACAGAAAGAGCAAACAUGAUUCUUGAGCAGGCAGAGAAAUUGGAUUGCAAGAGAUACCUUACUUCUAAGGACAUUGUGGAGGGGUCAGCAAACCUUAAUCUUGCAUUCGUUGCUGAGAUAUUCCAGCAUAGGAAUGGUCUUACAGACAAAGUUGACAGUGAUAAAAUGUCCUUUGCUGAGAUGAUGACAGAUGAUGCAGAGACAUCUCGUGAAGAAAGAUGCUUCAGAAUGUGGAUAAACAGUCUUGGGAUUUCUACUCAUGUCAAUAAUGUUUUUGAGGAUGUCAGAAAUGGAUGGGUUCUAUUAGAAGUACUUGAUAAGGUUUCACCUACAUCUGUCAAUUGGAAGCAGGCAACUAAGCCUCCUAUAAAGAUGCCAUUUCGAAAAGUUGAAAACUGCAACCAAGUAAUAGAAAUUGGGAAAAACCUAAACUUUUCUUUAGUGAAUGUUGCUGGGAAUGAUAUUGUACAAGGCAAUAAAAAGCUCAUAAUAGCAUAUUUGUGGCAGUUGAUGAGGUAUAAUAUGCUUCAACUUCUGAAAAACUUGAGAUCACACUCCCAAGGCAAACAUCACGGUAAAGAAAUUACAGAUGCUGAUAUAUUAAACUGGGCAAACAAUAAAGUAAAGAGUGCUGGAAGAAAUUCCCAAAUGGAGAGUUUCAAGGACAAGAAUCUUUCCAGUGGGACCUUUUUCCUUGAACUUCUGAGUGCAGUGGAGCCAAGGGUUGUCAACUGGAGUCUUGUAACCAAGGGGGAGACAGAUGAGGACAAGAAAUCAAAUGCAACAUAUAUAAUCAGUGUUGCUCGAAAACUUGGGUGUUCUAUUUUUCUGUUGCCUGAGGACAUAAUGGAGGUUAACUCAAAGAUGAUUCUUACUUUGACUGCGAGCAUCAUGUACUGGAGCCUCCAGAGAUCAGAAGAUGAACAUCCUAGAGCUUCAGAAGAGGCUGAAAGCGGACCUGAUGUGGCUGAUGAUGUAUCCAAGUUAGAAAUUGAUGCUUCAGAGAAUAAGAGCUCUCCAGAAGGAGACAAUGAGAAUGAAAAGACAGCCUCUUAAUUGUUGAAGCCAAAGGCACCCAAUGGAAUUACAGGGAUGA